AUGCCUGGAGUCACGAAAAGAAAGCUUCAAGCCGACGCAGCCACUGCCGCCGGUGCGUCGUCGAAGAAGGUGCGACCAUCGAACGCACCUGCGAAGAAAGUCCAUAAGAAGCCUGUACCACCACCGGAAUCCGAGUCCGGCGAUGACGACGCCGAAGAGAGAGACUCCACGGAUGCCGAAGAAGCACAAGAUAUAGUAGGCGGCAGCAGUUCAAAAGACGAAGCAGGGCCCUCUACCACCGCCGACGCAACGAGCGCAGAAGCGCAACCCGCCGCGAACGAACCGAAGAAGACGUUCGCCGAUCUAGGCGUGCGCGAAGAGCUCUGCGAUGCAGUCGAAAACUUGAAAUACGUACACCCGACGCCUAUCCAGGAACAAGCUAUACCUCUAGCUCUUCAGGGUAGGGAUGUGAUCGGAUUGGCCGAGACAGGUUCUGGAAAGACGGCGGCAUUCGUCCUACCUAUCCUUCAGUCGCUGCUCGAGAAGCCACAACCUUUGUUCGGCCUGAUUCUGGCCCCGACACGAGAGUUGGCGUACCAGAUCGCACAACAGGUGGAUGCUUUGGGUAGCAUCAUCAACGUCAAGUGCGCGACGUUGGUAGGAGGAAUGGACAUGGUUCCACAGGCCAUCUCGCUGUCCAAGAAGCCUCACAUCGUAGUGGCAACACCUGGACGUCUGCUUGAUCAUCUGGAAAACACGAAAGGCUUCAGUCUGAAGCAUCUGAAAUACAUGGUCCUCGACGAAGCCGAUCGCCUGCUCGACCUCGAUUUCGGCCCCGUACUAGACAAGAUUUUGAAGGUACUCCCUCGGGAAGGACGCCACACAUACCUCUUCUCUGCGACCAUGUCCUCCAAGGUCGAGAGUCUUCAACGCGCCGCCCUGCAAAACCCAGUCCGUGUGAGCAUCAGCAGCUCUUCCCAUCAAGUUGUCUCGACCCUACUACAACGCUACAUCUUCCUCCCCUUCAAAUGGAAGGACCUCUACCUCAUCCACCUCCUCAACGACAACAUCGGCCACCCCACCAUCAUCUUCACCCGCACAGUCAACGAAACCCAACGCAUCUCCAUCCUCCUCCGCACCCUCGGCUUCGGCGCCAUCCCACUACACGGCCAACUAGGCCAGUCCGCCCGUCUGGGUGCUCUCAACAAAUUCAAAUCCAAGAGUCGCGACAUCCUCGUUGCCACCGACGUAGCAGCCCGCGGUCUCGAUAUCCCCGCCGUUGACCUCGUCGUCAACUUCGAUCUGCCAAGCGACUCUCAGACUUACGUCCAUCGUGUUGGUCGAACUGCAAGAGCGGGAAAGUCGGGUAAGGCCGUGUCGUUCGUUACACAGUACGAUCUUGAGAUCUGGCUAAGGAUUGAGAAUGCGCUGGGUAAGAAGAUCCCAGAGGAGGCCAUCAACAAGGAUGAAGCGAUGGUCUACGCUGAGCGCGUUGGUGAUGCGCAGAGGAUAGCUGUCAGGGAAAUGAAAGACUACCACGAGCAAAGAGGUAGCAGGGGUGGGCGCGGUGGUCGAGGUGGCUCGAGAGGAGGACGCGGUGGAGGCAGAGGCAGAGGUCGCGACACGAUGGACACUGAGGAGGGUUAG